AUGUCUACGUUUUCGCCGAUCCCGGAGAGCGUGGCGUCGCAGGACAGCGGCUCGUCUGCGGACGAGAUGGAGAACGUGCCUGAUGUUGACGAUCUUUUUUCGCAGCUGCGCGAGGCCACGGGGGCGGCCAGCAAGUCUGUUUCGGCGGACUCGUUUGAAGAUAUACAAAAGGUGGCUAAGAAACUGCCGAAGCUGUCUUCUGGCGAGCUGGCGAGUGCGCAGAAGCAAAGACGCAUUGCCAAAGUGGACGAUCCGAUUGAAGUUGCGCUGCCAAAAGAGGAAAAAGCGGGCAAGAGCGUCUCGGAACGCUGGUUCGAGCUGCCCAAGGUGGAGCUCACCGACAAGCUCAAGCGAGACCUUGUGAUACUCAAGAACCGAGCGUCGAUCGACCCGAAGCGGUUCUACAAAAAAGACAAGUGGGAGAUCCCAGAGCGGUUCCAAGUGGGGACGCUUGUGGGCGGGCCUACAGACUUCCAUAACAGAAUACACAGGAAAAGCCGUGGAACCGGGUUUGUCGACGAGCUGCUGAAGGACGAGCAGACGAGCGGAUGGCUGAAGAAGCGGUUUGAGGAGGUGCAGGUAAAGAAAGGAGGACGCAAGGUGCGCAAGCCAAAGAAGCGGGGCAGGCUGUAG